AUGAAGGUCGUCGCAGUAUCUCUAGUGAUUGGAGCUUUGCUCCUGAUGACCGGAAAUCCGGUUACCGGUCAGCUGGGUGGGCUUUCUAUAGAUGUGAUUAAAAACAAUACUGACGAAGAGGUCGUUGCUCUUUUUGCCGACAUACUUUUACGAAAUAAAGUCAUACUUCAUAAACUUGAGCCACUUCCGUUUGCUAUUGGCCCAGUUAUGAAUGAGGUAUCAAAGUUAAACCCACCGAUACCCAGUGUGGUUUUGCUGUGGUUACUUGAUAGUUUACCAGCAUGGUUAAACAAUCCCGAUUUUUUGAUAGGUUUGGAUUCCUUGGUAAAGAAUAUCAAUAAAGUCAACAUUACAGAUUUAGUUGCUACAAAAAACUACACUAUAUUGAUGUACGGCUUAGUGGCCCGAACUGAGUAUAGCCAUGUUAUCGAAGAUUUUCUGAUGGCGGAGGGACAAAACAUUACCAAAGCAAUCGGUCUCAAUUCAGAUCUUGCUCAGAAGACUUUACCUUGGGUUGUUCAAAACAUUGGAGCAUUCCUAAGACAAGAUGGUCCAGCCCUGAUACAGAUAUUGGUGCGUGAACUAAAUGCAGUAAAUCUGACUGGCCUGAACAAGUUAAACGGAUCGAAUGCAAUACAAGCAAUAUUGAAAAGGAUCAACUACACCAGUCUGUUGGAUGAACUCUACAAACUAACGUCAGUAAAAGGACUCGUCCAUACUGGGUUCCAAGUUAUAGGUCUUAAUCCAGAAUUAGGGGACAAGUUAAUUCCUGAACUGUAUAAUGGACUUGAGGAAAUUGUUAAUCUCACAAUAGGACAGAUCAAUCAACUAAACAUUACAGCACUUGCCGGGCUUUACCAAGCGAACAUCACGGAUCCAGAUCUAUUGAAGAGAAUCAACUAUCUCGACAUUCUAAAAUCUACUUUCCUUCCAAAAAUAGGUAGUCUUGUCCUAACGUAUGUCAGGGAAAAUGCAGUGGGCGUUUUUAAACUGUUUGUGGAAGAAAUGAACCUGGUAACAAAGAAAAAUGUAGUUUUUUUCAUAUUUCAUACCCCAACCAUUACGAAUCUGCUGCAGAAAUUCGAUUGGGGAGAAUUCCUUACAAAGUUUUUAGAAAGAUUUGGGAAACCGGUGUUUGACAUUGUUGGUCUGAAUCCCGUAAUUGGAAAAGUGUUGGCACCAAUUAUUGCCCAGGAUCUUCCAACUAUUUUGAAAUUAGCAAUACUAGAUCUAAAUAAGAUAAACGUGAGUUUGAUUGACAAUCCGCCAAAUGGAACAAGCCCGCUAGUGGUUAUCGUGAAGGAACUAGAUGUUACCAACAUUUUACACGAGUAUGUCAAGUGGAAGGGACUGAAAUGGGAUAAUAUUAUGGGACUGAAUACAGCGACUGCCCUCAUGCUCUUGGAUUGGACCUCUGAAAGGGUUGUUAGCUUUCUGAAGAACGAGACAUAUAAUUUGCUCAGUAUAUUUGUGGAGGAGGUGAAACAAGUAAACAAAUCUGGACUUGAUCCAUCUAAUGCAGAAGAAUAUGCUGGCGGAAUCAUGAGUCGAUUGGCUUGGAGUAGAAUGCUAGCUGGCAUAAUUGGAGAACAAAAAGAUCUGUUAUUUUCACUCCUGAAUCUGAACUCUUUACAAAACAUGGAUUCAGAAUUAAUUACGCGUAUGAUACAACCAGUACUCGGACUACUUCCGGAUGUGCUCCGUGUAGUUUCGGACUCCUUUUCAGACGCCAACGUCACCAGUAUACCGGCAGAUGCUAGUGUAAUGGACAUAAUCCGUCAAGUCAACCUCAAAACAUUAUGGCAGGACGUCAUCAAUAUGAUUCUCCCACCAGUGUCUACUCCAAAGUAUAAUUUGAGAAAUGCCGCCCGGAAGAGAGGCGCCUUGAAAAAGGCAAAAGUAGAAGAAAUCCCACCAAUGUGUGGACCUGACUCCCGUGAUUUUCUAUUGAAUGCAAUCAGCGAGUCAUGGGCCAUGCAAAUGCUUGAUGCGGCUGGCAAACCAACAGCAGGACUUCUGAGAGGCAGCCUACAUAUGUUGGGGAAUUAUGACGAGUGUCUGGCCGUACAGGCUAAGAUCACUUCCGCAGACAACACUACCAGGUCCUUUAGUGGCCGUUAUUUUCGGAUCGCAUUUGAUCUCCCGAAAUCCUUGCUUAUUACAUUGGUACCAAGUCUUGCAACACAGAAACUGUAUGGCAUGAAGACUACUCUAAGCCUCGGCGUUUGCCUCCCAGAUAGCUGCACCCAACAAGAUGUGAUCGAUUUCUUUGAAACUGGAUUAGUAGCUGGACUCAACAUAUCACCAUUGAGUGUGACGAGUUUAAAAUCACUUGAUCUAGCCACUGACCAAGACGCAAUCUUAGUCUUGGCGAUCGUUGCAGCGAUUAUAUUGCUAGUAAUAAUAGCAACCAUCAUCCAUAUUUGUAAAUGGGAUAAGGACCAGUCCAGCAACAGAAGGAAUGAGAUACGAUUGUACGAAGAUUACACUAACCAUGGUUACGACGCGUACGAAUCACCAGAUUCAGCUGAUAAAGACACAGACUCGAAGACAACCACAACAACCAACACGACCACCACGUCUUUCAGCAAUGUUUCCACGAAAGAGGAUUUGAUCUCUGAAGCAACAACACUUAAAAUAAAGACAGAGACAAAGAAAACCACAGAUCAUCAGGACAAUCAUUACGAUGACAUGAACUCUCUACAUUUUACUAAAACACCGGAUCUUGGAAAACGCAUAGUAAUAAGCUUCUCAGCUCUACAAAAUAUUCGACAGUUAAUGUCUUACAGAAGAUUAUCUAAUGCUAUUCACUGCAUACACGGGAUACGCACACUAAGCAUUCUGUGGAUUAUGUUAGGAAAUACAUAUAUUUACAAUAUCCUACCUGUCACCGAUAGUACCUUGGCUGUGGAUAUGCUAGAUGCGUUAGACAUAAUGAAAAGGUUUACCUUCCAAGCGGUCAUGGGCGCUCACUACGGCAUCGAUACGUUCCUCUUGAUCAGUGGCUGCCUCGCUACGUACAGCGUUUUGUCCAAAUUUGAGAGGUUCAAAAAGUUCAAAUGGAAAACUCUUCUUGGUUUCAUUUUUCAUCGUUAUAUCAGAUUGACCCCAGCUUACAUCAUGGUGUUGGUGAUAUUUGUAUACUGGUAUGAAUACUUGGGUACAGGACCCCAUUGGCCUGAUCAUAUAGACGUAGCUGACAAGUGCCGAACUGACUGGUGGCACCACCUCCUCUAUAUCAACAAUCUCAUUGGUAUCCAGGGCAACGACGCAUUCCAUCAGUGUAUGACUUGGUCCUUUUUCCUCGCCCUCCUGAUGCAGUUUUAUUUGAUUACACCAAUACUGCUACUGAUGGCAUCCUUUUCUUAUCGUUUAGCUGGGGUGGUUUUGUUCUUGUUGAUGGCAGCUGGUAUCACUUCAACAGGGGUAAAGGAGCAUAAAUAUGGAGGGGACCUUUUAUCAAUGAUAGAAGAUAAUGGAGACUACUGGAACAAUGUGUUUAUUGCUCCGUGGUGUCGGGUGUCCUCCUACUGUAUCGGGAUGAUGCUUGGUCUAGCUCUCAUGAAGUGCAAAGGCGGGAAUGGCAACACAAAGUACGAAGAACGUGGAACCAAAAGGUUACCAUUGUGGAGUGCGAUUAUUGGUUGGUUGAGUGCUAUAGUGAUAGGAAUAUUUGUUGUCUACAUAAAUUACACCAAAUACCGCCCAGAACUUGGGGAAUGGAACAGAAAUAUGGAAUCGGCUUAUGAGGCUCUUGGAAGACCAUUAUGGUGUUUCUGUGUUGCAUGGGUCAUAUUUGCCUGCUUUACCGGACGAGGCGGUCUGAUAAAUUCUUUUCUGUCUUGGCCUGGAUUCCUUCCACUCUCUCGCUUGACGUUUGCUGUGUACCUUGUUCACCCAAUUUGGAUAGUUUUCUACAUGUACAGUAGCCGAUCACUAAUCUAUCUCCUUAAUGACUUCGGCAUGACAUACUUAUUCAUUGGAAGCACCGUGUUGUCGUUUGGUCUUGCUUUUCUGGUCGCCGUUGCCUUCGAGAAACCAUUUUGUAAUCUGGCUAGAGCAAUUAUCAAGAACAAAUGA